GCUGAUGAAGACUUUACACUAAGGCAUAUCGCCAAACACAUUGACCUUGGCCCCUUGAUAAUUUUUUUUGCUAAAGUUCCAAGGAAUGCUACUCCUGAUGAUUUUUCAUACAUCAUUCAGUUUCAAAAUGAAUAUGAUAGCAGCUCUGCUAAACAAAGUUGAAAAUCUUUACAGGAACAGAUAUGUAUGGUCUGCAUUUGCAUAUGAUCGAUCUGAAAGCUGGAUUAACUAGGUUAGUGAAGAGACAGAGUUUUCCAUAUAAAAAUCUAUGCAAAGAAAAGUAUGGCAGCUGAUGCUUCUGAAGCAAUGUUUUGAGCAAAAAAAAAAUGGUCUCCCUUAUUUAAAAUGGAAAAAUAAAGGUUUGGUUUUUGGAAUUUUUAAAAAUACAUUUUCAAGCCAUGGGUGGUUCAAUUUGCAAAUGCAGAAUCUGUGUAUUCAGAAGGUUGACUAUUUUGAAGAAAACAUUUCUUAAAAAUGAAUUUGGAUUUGCCAAUUGUAUAAAAAAGCAAUUCUUACACAAAUCCAAGUGUGGUUCCUACAGCCAGUCUACUUUUGCAAAGCAUGAAAUACCACCAUGAUGCAACAGUAUUUCAAACAGUCCAGUAAUUUGUUUGUUUGUUUGUUUUAAAAUUGCAACAGCAGUUAUAGCUGAUUGCGUGCCCACAGUGAUCCAGGACUUCCAUCUAAUUUUAAAUGUACCAGCUGUCAGCACUUUCUCCAGUAUGCUGUACUCUAUAGCAUUUAAAAAAAAAAACACUUCCUAAAAUAAUGUUUGCUGCUUUGGAUUAUUUCUCCCAAGAUGGCUCUGCUUCAUAGCAAAGGCAAUCUUCCUUUUCUGACUUGAAAUAUCAGAGAUAUCUUUUUGCUACCUAGUAGGCUCUGGGAAGGGACUGAAAACCCACGGUUACAAAUGCACAAACAAUAACUCUCUGUUAUCUAGUUCUUUGAGUUAUGCUAAGUGGCGAGUGCCUGCCUGAACUCUCUUUCCCUCACAGCCUUUGCUUCUUGGGUUUCAAUUCCAAACAUGGUUAUCUAUUUGGGGUCUCUCUUCUUUCCACGGCCCAGUGCUAUACAUUCCAAAUUAAACACAAGUACCCUCUUGUACAGCUCCUCUUCCCCGCCUCUUUUGCCCUCCUGCUCCUCUUUCAACUGAGUCUAUUUUUUACUUCUCUUACAGCUGGGGAGGAAGGGAGCCACAGGUCUUUGCAAUUGCGUUUUGCUGAGUGCCUUUUGCAACAGAGCUUCGUAGCAGGAAAAUUUAGUGUUAAUUUGAUAUUAACCAGUUUUGUGGAAAGGAUUGGCUCAGGGCGUUCAGCAUAACAAUAUUUAGCUACUGCUUCUGCUAUUAACAUUACAACUAAUACAACAGUUAAUUAAAAAAAAAACACUUUUAAAAAAUCUGGGUAGCAAUAAAGCUGCUGUUAAGUUCCUGCAACCGCCUCCAUAGUGUGUUUUGAUAUAAUUUUCAAGGUGUGUAGGUUAAGAGAUAGUGAAAAUGAGUGAAAAUGGCACCAUUUUGGACCGGAUUGUUUUCCAUCCUGUUUUGUGUGAAGGAUGGAAAAUCUAUAUGGAAGGAGCAGCCUAUCACCUUGCUAAUUUUUUCCUCCUCUUGGGAUUUAUGGGAGGAAGUGGCCUCAUUGGCUCCAUCUACAUUUUUGGCUUCCUGACUGUUGGUUUCUUCUGCGUUGCUCUCUGGGGCUGGUUGGAUGCCUGCGGACUGGACAUCUUCACUUGGAACAUGCUUUUAGUCCUGAUCUGUUUGCUUCAGUUAACUCACUUAUUUUACCAGCUCCGUAAACACACAUUUUCUGAAGAAUUUGACAUGCUGUACAAGCAAGUUUGCCAGCCUCUGCAAGUGCCUCCCCAGGUCUACAGAGAAAUUGUCAAAGGCUGUGAGGAACAGGUCCUGCCUCUGGCCAAAGACCAGACCUAUGCUGUGGAGGGCAAGACAGCAAUUGAUCGCCUAUCAUUCUUGCUUUCAGGCAGGGUUAAAGUAAGCCAGGAUGGACAAUUUCUACAUUAUGUCUACCCAUAUCAGUUUCUGGAUUCCCCAGAGUGGGAAUCACUGCGGCCUUCUGAAGAGGGAACAUUUCAGGUCACAUUGACAGCAGAGACAGACUGCAGUUUCAUCACCUGGCAAAGGAAGAAGCUCUAUUUGCUUCUGGCAAAAGAGCGCUACAUUGCCCGUCUCUUCUCUGUCCUCCUUGGCUAUGAUAUCUCAGAAAAGGUGUAUGCAUUGAACGAAAAGCUUUUUGCUAAAUUUGGCCUGCGAUUUGACAUCCGUCUGCCCAGCCUCUAUCAUGUCCUAGGUCCUGCCUCUUCAGAUACAGAAAUGGAGGAAGAAGCCGGGGUGUGUGAAGAGCCACCCGUGCCCUUGAGCCAACCAGCCACAUUUGUCCAGACAGCCCCUGUGGCCCCUCACCCUGCACCUCUUCUUGCUCAUCCCCGGAAACCUCGGCCUGACAGUGACCUGUCUGGUGAGGACUCUACCAGUCUUGUAUUGGAAGAUUUUGCUGAAUUGUCAGGGUCUUUUUUGGACUAUCUGAGCGAAGGGGAGUAUAUGAAAUGAGGGCACUUCUAACAUGGGCACACCCUGUCAUCCUGUGUAACUUCUGGAACCCUCCUGAAGACUGACCGACAGGCCCUGGCAAAAGGUCGAGCUCCUUUGGCUCCUACUCAAACCCCAGAACUUUAGAGAACAACUGCUUAGAAUCACAGUGACCCACAAAUGAUCAAAAUAGCGCUUAUUGUGUGUCAAUACUUGUUUUACACAGGCACCAGUGUGGCACUCUUGGAAAUAUGUGCAUGAGACUGACACGUGGUGUUAGGAUAUUCCCCACAGCUUGUGAUGCAGUGGCAUCAGCAGUUCCUGAGAAUCCAUAUUCUUAAACACUUGCCACGUGUUUCUUUAUUAUGUGCAUUAAAUGACUAGGAAAGACAAUGAUGUAGCCCCAGUCAAUGGAAUUAACUAUUUCUUCAGGGUCUGAUAGUUCCUUCCUGUUACAGAACAGAUUAAUCCUUCUACUUUGAUCAACACAAAAUGUGGUUUGGAUGGACUAGUGGAAAGGGGAAAGACAGGCCCUGGUACGGGUUUGCAGCUUAGGGUCUGCAUUCUAUUGUGUCUAAUCUUCCAGACUGACACAUCAGUGACAGCAGCCACUGAAAGGCAUUUUGGAGCAUGAUUGCUGGAUGAGUGAUUUUCAAGGGUUUGGAUAUUUGAGUUUCCAUGAAUGUCUCCAUUUGGAGGCUUAAAUUCAGAUCCCAUACAGGGAUUAAAUGGGACCCCAAAUCUCGUAUUUCUUUAUCUAGCACUGGCAGCAGAGGAACACCCAAGAGAAACUGUUUAAAACUAAUUACAAAGUGCUAUGAGAGCUGUCUGUUAAGGAGCUAUUAAUGUCAAGCAGUGCUGUCACUGCACAUUUGCCACAGUAAAAUCUUCGGGAUUUCAUGAAAGGUUCGCCUCUCAUUGAGAGUUGAAGCACCAUUAUUUGGCCUGACCCAUAAGUCCCAACCAGCCAAGAGCUGACUGUCCCAUAUUACUGCAUUAAAAACCUGGCAGCCUUACUGGAAACUUCGUCAGUGUUGGAAAUAAUUGUGAUUUUUACCAGUAAUACUGAUUCCAGGAACACUUCAAAGAGUGUUGCUAUAAGCUCCCCUCUACCUGAACAUUUGACAGACUAGGUGUUCGCCUCAGCAAUUGUAGUUGUGGCCACCUUUUAAAAAAUUGUCCACAAUGGCACAGUUUUAGUAAAUUGUCGAUGAAUUGGGGGGAAAUGUCCAUAUCACUGCAGUUGGGAUAUGAGGCUCAGGCUGCAACAGGCAUCCCUUAGGCCAUGACUAGCAACCGGGGUUUCUGCAUUUCCCUGACCAUCCAUGCAAGGCAAAUCAAAGAUGUCAUCAGAGGGCUGACUAAAUGGAUAUUAGUGAAGAUAGAUUCUUCUGUGCAGGAGUUUUGUGUUCCUACCUAAAUAAAAGAAGCAUUUGAAAUAAAUAAAUAAAUAAAUGUAA